AGCGCAGUGUUUUCUUGAAAAAUAAACUGUCCAGUUGAGUUGAAUGGGGCAACGGCAGGGUAAACCCGAAAGAACCGGCGUGAGUUAGGAGCUUAGGAGCGCAAUGAGGCAAACGCAGGCCAGGGCAGUGGCUGGAGUGACCAGUGUGGUGUUGAAAAAGAAGCAAAUGGCCAAAGCCGCUAAAGAAUCGGCUGUAGGGAAGCCGGAUGGGGCGCAGCCGCCGAUGACCUGGAAGGAAAAGUAUCGGUUUCUUCGCGAGAACAUCACGGUUGAGCCAAUGUUGGCCUGCUACAUCAUCCCGAGUGUCUUCGCCAGUCUAGCCACUCAAAACCUCAACCUAGAGAAGGCCUGUAGAGUCAACCUGGGCUACUCGCCUGAGGUCUGCGACGCGUUGAGUGAAAGGAGGACUGCGAAUUACACUGUGGAGGAGCAAGAGGUGCAGCAGCUGGUGGCCUCGAUGGGCGUUUGGAAGACCAUCCUGCAGAGCGCGCUGCCGGCCUUCCUCAUCAUGUUCGUGGGCUCUUGGAGCGACCGCUGGGGCAAAAGAAAGCCAUGCAUGCUGCUGCCCAUUGUGGGCGAGCUGCUCACCUCUAUCGGCCUCAUGUUCUGCACCUACUUCUACUACGAGCUGCCCAUGGAAGUAGCUGGAUUCAUCGAGGGGCUCUUUCCAGCAAUGACCGGCGGAUGGUUCACUAUGUUCAUGGGCGUCUUCAGCUACAUUGCGGACGUAACCACUGUAGACACCCGCACGCUGCGCAUUGGAAUCGUCAACGUCUUCUGCUCGUUGGGCAUUCCCGUCGGGUUGGCUCUAAGCGGGGUGCUCUACAAGAAAAUUGGCUUCUACGGCGUCUUCUCCAUCUCUUCAGUCAUGUACGUGAUGGCGCUCUACUACGGCUACACAAAGAUUCAGGAGCCGAAGAAGGUGGACGUGCCAGUGCUGCAAGAGGGACCUUGCGCCUUCUUGCGCGACUUCUUCGACGUGCGCCACCUCUUCAACACCUUCAGGGUAGCCUUCAAGUCGGGACCGAACAAUCGCAAGAUGAAGGUCAUGCUGCUGAUGCUCGUGGUGAUGGUCGUUAUUGGGCCGAUGCAUGGUGAGAUGAACGUGGCCUACCUCUUCACCCGCUACCGCUUCAACUGGGACGAAGUGGACUUCAGCAUCUUCUCCACCUACAGCAUGCUCACCAAUCUGAUAGGUACUUCGGUGUCUGUGGGCGUGUUUAGCCACCUGCUGAAGAUCGACGACGCCAUCAUCGGCAUCUACUCGUCGAUGAGUAAAAUCCUCAGCAGCUUCGUCUAUGGAUUUGCGAUGACGUCUCUGGUAUUUUAUCUGGGCGCCAUCGUCGAAAUCCUCAAUGGGACUUCGUUCAUAGCCAUGCGGUCUAUUGCUUCCAAGUUGGUUUCAUCUGAUGAAUUAGGCAAACUGAACUCCCUAUUCGGAGCUUGCGAAGCCCUGAUGCCGCUCCUCUACGGUCCCAUGUACAGCGCUACUUACGCCUCAACCAUCAACAGCAUGCCGGGGGCGUUUUUCAUCCUGGGCGGCGUCUUGACGGUGCCCGCCGUGGUGAUUUUCGGGUGGUUCUACGUACAGCACAAGAGGGACGCGAAGGCUCUAAAUGGAUAUCCGGACAAAGAACGCACUUCUGGUCAAAAGGACAACAGCCUGGCGGAAACGGCCGUGUUUACGAUAACGCCCAAACAGGUCCAACUGGGCUCUCCGGUGUUGAACGGCUUCAGAACUUUGGAGAAAAACAACGUGGCGUUCGGGGGUGUUUGCAACCAGGCCUUUAUCAGCGAGAGCGACGAAGUGAAGAAGUUCUGAAGAAGCCCGCAAGCCCCGCAUUUACUUAAUUAGCUACGAGUGUACAUACGCAUGGAUUUUUUUACCAUUGGCAUCCUUGGUGUUCAAUAUCUUAUGUGAUAGUAGAUGUAUGGUUAAGUGUAAUGAAUAGAAGCAGUGAACAAGU